GGUGAAAAAGCUGAAAAUUCGGAGUGGGAACUUAAACGAGAGCGCGGUAGUCGGCCUUCCACAGGCGAUGAUUGCCAAUUUUUACUUGCAUUUGGAUAACAUAUUCAUCGUAUUUGAAUUCCAUUGUGAUGACUUGAGAUUUCUCUGUCUCUUUCGCUCACACAUAUAUCGGAUGAACACAGAUUUUUGUGCACAAAUAGCGUGCAAUUCUUUUCAUCGUCAUCAUCUCAUCUGUUGUCUGUUUAUUAAUGAAAGGGAAAUAGGAUCAAGAAUCCGACAAAGAACCAACAUAUUUCCAUUCCUUUUCCUUUGAUUGCUUCUCCAUGAACAUUUGAGUUUGUUGAAGAGACGAAAAGAUGUUUGGUUUUAGCGUAAGAACGUGGCCUAAUGGCUUUGGAUCUCCGAGGUCUACCGGUUCUCCAACUGUUGCUGGUUCUCCAGCGCCUGUUGAAUCUCCUAAAUCCACAAAUUCUCCAAGAACGGACGUUGGAGAGAUAGACACUAGAGCGCCCUUUGAGUCGGUCAAGGCUGCUGUGAGUUUGUUUGGUGAAGUUGGCUCCCCCAGAGCACGGCCUGUCACAAAAAAGACAAAAGCCGAAGAGCAAAGACUUCUAGAGAAGGAGACACAGCAUCACAUGGUUCUAAAGGAACUUGAGUACUACAAAGAUCAGCUCAGAAUUACGGAAAGUGCAAAGGCUCAGGCUUUACGGGACCUGCAGAAGGCUAAUAGAACGCUGCAAGAACUCACAAACAAGCUCGAAGCUCUUAGUGAAUCCAAGCAAGCAGCAAUCAAAGCUACAGAAGCUGCAAAGAGUAGAGCGAAAGAACUGGAAGAGCAGCAGUCCCUCAAAGCUCAACUGGGGAGCGAAGCGUGGAAGCUGGAUGUCGACACAGAAAGGGAACGUUACAAGACCUCUGCAGGAGAACUUAGUGCUUGUAAACAAGAGCUAACGAAUCUAAGGCAGGAUUUUGAUGCAGCCUUAGAAGCAAAAUUGACGGCAUUUCAUGAAGCAGAAGAUGCCCGACAAGCAGCCAAAACGAAUCAGGAGAGGCAAAGCCAACUCGCGAAAGAAGUUGCUAUGCUGCGAGAUACGCUUGAUCAGGUGAAGCAUGCCUCUCUUCAGGCCCAAGAAGAGCACUUGAAACUUAUUGCAGAAAAGGAGGUUCAUUUACUGGUUCAUAAGUCGGCUAAGGAAGUAGCCGAAAAGGAUAUCACGCGUUUGAGAGAAGAAUAUGGUCCAGAAGAAAAUCUGGAGGUGAAGCUUGAAGAAGCUACUGAGGCAAUCAAGGUUGUGCAGGAGCAGCUGCACAAUGUUCGUACUUCAGAUUUUAAUUCCUUACAAACAGUAAUUUCUGAGUUGGAAUGUGAUAAGAAAACACUGCAAGAAGUUGUUGCAGAAGAAACAUCACUCAGAAGUUCUGUGGAUUCACUUAAACAACAGCUGGAGGAAGCGAAAAAGAAGCAUUAUGAAUUUGAGACAAAGGCGUUGGAAGCGGAAUCAACACUGAAGAAAAUGCAGGCUGAUCUACAGAAUUGCAAGUCCGAGCUUGAGACAGCCAUGUCCAGGAAUGUUGUUCGUGAUAUGCAAUCAAAUCUAGAUAAGUUACUAGCACAAGCUGAAAAGGAUAGACGUGAAGCAGAAGGGAUACAGAGGGAUAUUGAGUUAUACAGGCAAGAAGCUGAAGCAUUAACAGCUGCAGCCAAAGAAGCUGAUGAAAAGCUGCAGAUUGCACUGAAAGAAGUUGAAGCGGCUAAAGUUGCAGAGAAGCUGGCUGAUGAUCAAAUUCAUAAUUCUCCAAGAACUGAUGCUGCUGACCUUAAAGGUCAAGGAUCGGCUAGAAGGAUCAGAUUGUCUGUUGAGGAGUUUGAGGCGAUGAAACAGAAGAUCGAGGCAUGUAAAAAUCAGGCUGAUGAAAAAGUAGCAGCUCUAAUGGCACACGUCCAAACUAUAAAUGCAAGUGAGGAUCAAGUGCUGCAGAAAGUGGAGGGGAUUUUGAAAGAGAGUGAUGAUAUACAAUCAGAAAUUGAGGAUGCUCUAAAGAGAGCAGAGAUGGCAGAGGCUGCAAAAGAAGUAGUGGAGGGCGAACUCCAGAAAUGGAGUGAGAAAGCAGAGAAUGAAAUCGGAGAACCAUCGUAUGUUUCUGAAGAAAAAUCUUAGUGUUCACACCAAGAAACAAAGGAUACUCUUAUUGUAAAGAUGGCUGUCUCAUUGACUGUAGAUAUUCAUGAAAGAAAUUGUAAGCUCAAUUAACUUUUGUA